UUGUCACAGCACCACCUCAACAUCAAUGGUCCCAUCAGAAGACUCGGGCACAUGUGGUUUUCAGUGUUCUAAGUGGAUCGGUGGAUGAAGUCGUAUAUAAGGAGGGAGAGGGUUCAAAGAUGAUGUCUUGACCAAGGCCACCUCCACCACCUUUUAGGCUCUCCGUCGUGGCCUCGCAGCCAUGAGAUGAGAACACUCAUUCAGAAGAAAGAGAAGGGAGGAGAGAAGAUAGUGAUGGAGGAGAUGGUGAACAAGAGGGAGGAGGAGGAGGAGGAUGUGGUGCUUCCCGGAUUCCGAUUCCACCCCACCGACGAAGAGCUCGUCGGGUUUUAUCUCCGCCGGAAGGUGGAGAAGAAGACUCCCAGCAUCGAUAUCAUCAAAGAGAUGGAUAUCUACAAGCAUGAUCCAUGGGAUCUACCAAGAGUCGUCGCUGCCGGAGACGAGUCGUCCUACUUCUUCUGCCGUCGAGGGAGGAAGUACAGGAACAGCAUAAGGCCGAACCGGGUGACCGGGUCCGGUUUCUGGAAGGCCACCGGCAUCGAUAAGCCGAUCGACUCCUCAGGCGACUGCGUCGGCCUGAAGAAGUCGCUGGUGUACUACCGAGGGAGCGCCGGGAAGGGAACCAAGACCGACUGGAUGAUGCACGAGUUCCGCCUCCCCUCCGGUGACAGCAGCAUCGCCGACGACACCAGAAGCACGCAGGAAGCUGAGAUCUGGACCAUCUGCCGAAUCUUCAAGAGGAGCGCCUCCUACAGAAAGCAAUCGAGCAAAUGGAAGGCAUCAUCAACCCACAAGCGAGCUCCAGCUGACUCCAGCUGCGUAACCAGCAGCUUCGAUUGCGACAACGGAAGCGACUACAGGUGCUGCGCCUCCUCAGGCUACUCUUGCUCUCAGGAGCACAACCAGGUGCAUGGAUGGCAGUGCAACUCGAUCAGCCAACCUCCAUCGCUGUACUCCAACGUGGUUCAGAGUCCAAGCACGAAUGAGUUCUUCAGAGAUGGCGACUGCUGGGAAGAGCUUGGAAGGAUGAUGGAGUUCAUGGCAGACCAAAGCCUCCCUAUGAGUGUGGAUACAGUUAGAGGGAUGUAUCAUGCAUAGUAACGCCAACAACUAGAUAGAAUAAAGGAAAUAAGAAACGGGAAGCCCGUCAGUGAUAUGACUGCUUCAUGCUUACACUUACCUUCGAUGUCCCAAACAAUAUGGACGGAAUAAAUUGGAAUGGUUGCUCGGUAUGUCA